UUGUUGUUGCCGUCGCUGGAUCACACGCGUAUCAGAAAAUCAAUUAAGUUAUGAAAAAUACCAUUAAUUGCCUUUCUUUGUCACCGCAGCUCAUGAAGAAAUGGCGGAUCUCCAGACGUUGUGCAUCUGAGGACGAACCCUUCGCACCCAAUGGCGUGUUUUCCGACGACAAAGCCCAGCUCAACCCACGGGGACAUUUACGUCUUCUAGAAAUACUGAAGAAUAUCUCCCAAACGGAUGACAAUGAGUUGAUGGUUUUCGAAGUCUUCGAGAAGACGUUGCAAAAAAGAGAGAGGCUGUCUGGAAGAUGCCAAGAAAAAAACAACAGAAUCCACAGCCAGUCAAGUUGGAUUCAGAAGAUGGUGUAGCCAUUGAAGCUCCGGGAAACCUCAACUUAGACACAGACUUCCUUCUAGGACAAGACCUUGAGUUCGGUGAUCCUGAUCAUGACCACAAGAUUCUAGGCCUGGAAAAGUUCUCAGAAGUAGCUGCUGAGAUCGGUUUCUCUGUGUAUCCUCUGGGUGAGGAGGAGAGCCCUCCCUACAGCCAGCUCAGCAUGGAAAGUGAAACGGACAACUCCCACAGCACAAGCGACAACGGUAGGGAUGACGAGGGCAGCGCAUCCCAGUCCGAGCCCUCUUUUCCUCCCUACCUGUCCUGCAGGGGCUGCGGACAGCUCCGCGAUGAACCUCUGGGGCCGGGCAUAGACCUGGUCGGUCCAUACUGCCUAAGGUGCUGCAAAGCCUCCAGGGAAGCCAAAAGCACGGACUUCUGUUCACCUUUCGGAGGCAUCAGCGGGAUCCGCUCCGGUUCCCAUUUGCACCUCGACGGUGAAGGGUUGGGCAACGGGAUGGAUGACAAAGAAAUGACAGCUGAGGACAAACUGGCCAAGCUGCACCAGUGCCACCUGUGUGGCUUCUCCUCGCGUUACGCCAACCACGUGAAGCGCCACAUGAAGACGCACAACGGGGAGAAGCCCUAUAACUGCCCCUUGUGCACUUACGCCUCGGCCCAGCUGGUCAACCUGCAGAGACACCUGCGCAUUCACACCGGGGAAAAACCUUACAAAUGUGACAUCUGCACGUUCGCCUGCAGUUCCCUUGGCAACCUCAAGAGGCAUCAGCGCAUGCACGUGCCGUCUGCAGGGCCGGGACAGGACAUCCCGCAGCGACCUGCCGGUGGCCAAAUCAGCCUGAAGAGGCAUGUGACUGGGCAAAGACCCAAUGAGGAAGUGUCUUGUUCUUCAGCCAAGGUUUCAGAAGUUACAAGGCCCACUUCAAAUGUGAGUUUGGGAGCCCAGAACAAUGACUACCUAUCAGCCUUUGAUGGCUUAAAGGGGGCAUCACCACCUCCCGUACCAGCCUCUAACCCAGCUCCCGUCCACCAGCCUCCCCCCCCGCUGAACACCACAGACAGCGGGGGCAGCAGCAGCAGGGCGCCCAGAGGGGGCGUAGCGGACGGCGCCGCCCUCGCUCCUUCACUUUUCCCCUACACCUGCCGGCUGUGCGGCAUCGUCCUGGAAGACGAGGACGGCUCCUCGGCCCAGAUCUGUGCCAAGUGUACCCUCGAGAUGCUGACUAAAGACUCCUCGUCGUCUCCCAACAGCCCCGGCGAGCGCAGCGACAAGGUGUACACCUGCGCCGCCUGCCCUUUCCUCACACACUACCCGAACCAUUUGGCGCGCCACAUGAAAACUCACAGCGGCGAGAAACCGUACAAGUGCCCACAGUGCGACUACGCCUCAGCGCACUUCGACAACCUCAAGCGCCACCACAGAGUGCACACAGGCGAGAAACCUUACAAGUGCCAUUUGUGCGAUUACGCCUGCGGGAACCUCGCCAACCUGAAGCGCCACCAGCGGGUGCACUCGGGCGCGAAGCCCUUCCAGUGUGCCGUGUGCAGUUACAGCUGCAACCAGAGCAUGAACCUGAAGCGCCACAUGCUGCGGCACACCGGAGAGAAGCCGUACAAAUGUCAGGAGUGCGGCUACACGACCGGCCACUGGGACAAUUACAAGAGACACCAGAAGAAACACGGCCUGGCCACGGACGGGUGGGUCAAAGUCCCAAUGACCGGCAACGACGAAGAAGAGGACGCGAGGAAAAGGAUGGGAGGGGGCAAUCCAGCUCACAGAAAAGAAACAGGCGUUGAUAUGCAGUAUAUGUCUAGGGAGGGAGGUCAGACACUACACUCGUGCUACAAACUUGAGAUUGUAUAAAAUUUUACUCAGCAAAACUAAGCUACCAGCAUUUUUCUUUUUUUCACAGAGCCUUUAUAUUGUUUUAGUGUGUGUCGGUCUGUUAGUGUUGUCGGAUGUCUUCAGAGGCUGCUAAUUGUUUAUUUGUAGAUCUCGCACAAUUAGUUCUGAAUAUUAUGAUCCGCUUUUUUUUUUUGGGACUAAAUAAAGUGGAUGAGUGGAAUUGUUUUCUACUCUGCGUUUGUGUCAGGACAAAUAUACGUUGUCUACUGUGGAAGCCCUUUGACUGUCUUAUUCUGUACGUUAGGCUAAUUAUAACAAUCCCCUCUCAUAUGACAACACAUAUCUGGUUAUUACAUUAUCAAAUACUCUUCAUUAUAACACAUUUUUGCCUGAACUGUUGAGCUGCACUGUGUAGUUUAUGUUUUUUUUGUUUUUUUAA